AUGACUGAUAGACCUUACGUGACUGGUCAAGGAACUUCUGAUAAUUCAACUGUUGCUGGCAUUUUAGAAUAUGAAGUAUCCCACAAAAGCAUUCAAUCAAGCCAUUCUCGGUACACUAAAAAACUUCUGCUUUAUCAACCAAAUUCACCAUCUCUAAAUGAUACUUCUUUUGCUACAAACUUUACUAGCAAACUCCGCAGCUUAGCCAGUGCAGAAUUCCCUGCCAAUGUGCCUCAAAAGGUUGACAGACAAUAUUUCUUCACUGUAGGCCUUGGAACACACCCUACCAUAGCGAGCAAUGGAACAAAGCUAGUAGUGCUUCCUGUUAAUGCCGCUGUGGAGCUCAUUCUGCAGGGCACUAGCAUGCUUGGUGCAGAGAACCACCCUUUUCGCUUGCAUGGCUUCAAUUUCUUGGUUGUUGGCCAAGGUUUUGGGAACUUCAAUCCAAAUAAGGACUCUGCAAGUUUCAAUCUUAUUGACCCCAUUGAAAGGAAUACCGUGGGUGUGCCCUCUGGUGGGUAG